AAGUCUUACACGGUAUAACUUCAUUUAUUAUAUUUUCUAGAAAAGAAAUACGAAUUGGGAUAUCAUCAUUUAAAGGCAGGUUUUGCAAGACCAGUCAUUGUCCAUAGAGCUAUCUUGGGAUCAUUGGAAAGAAUGAUCGCUGUGUUGACUGAAUAAUGUGGAGGAAAGUGGCCAUUUUGGUUGUCACCUAAAUAAUUAGUCCUUUGUCCAGUUUCUGCUUACUACAAGGAUGUUGCUGAAAAGAUUGCUGCCAGAUUGAGACUUGAAGGAUACACUGUCAAUACUGAUGAAUCUGAUUAAACUCUUGCUAAGAAAGUGCGUAAUGCUCAAAUCUAAUACUAUAACUUUGUUGGAGUUAUUGGUGAAGAAGAAGUAAAAGCCGGUGUUAUUGAUGUCAGAGAUUGUGAAAAAAAUACUAGAAUUGGUAAAUUGACUAUUCCUUAAUUGUGUAAAUUCUUUGAAUCCUUAAAACCACCUAAAUCAAAUGUGGAAGUUGAAAUUCAUGAGCAUGAUGAUUCACAUUUGAAAUUGAAUGAAGAAUUAUAAGAAAAGAUGUUUUUGGAAGGAAAUGGUUAUGCUGUCGGAAAAAGAGAUUUUGAUGAAUUUGCUAAGAUCAAAGACAUCGACCCUGCUCUAUAAAAUUUGAUCAGAUGGCAUAAAUAUAUGACUCAUUUAACUAAAAAAGAUGAAGUGCCAGAAAAAGCCGAAUAAGUAGAAUAAAAACAAGAAUGAAAUAAAUUAUAAAUAAUAUAAUUAUUUAAACAUUUUCUUUA